AUGGUUGAAUCAUUUACGCGAGUUAAUGUGGACAAGAAGAAGUCAAGAAGUCCAAUUGUUGAAUCACUUGACUUCUUGUUUUAUUUAUCGAGAUUGUUGGGUGUUAUUCCAUAUUCAUUGUCGGAAUAUGUGUCGAAGAAGCGAUUCGAACUUUCGCAGUUUGGAAACAUUUUCUGUCUCGUGUCAAUGAUUCAUUUCAUUGCACAUUAUCAGUUCUUGAUGGGUUCGUCAAUAUUUUCGGGAGAAAUGAACAAUUCAAGUGGAACUCUCACGACAGUCAUCGGCAUAUUCAUAAUCUACUUGGAGCCCCUAAUGAUGGCAGUUGAUGUGCUUGCUUCUCUAAUCAAUCAGAAUCGUCUCAUCUCAAUCUUUGAUCGCUUGAAGCGAAUUGAUGACAAAUUGGUCAAGGAAAACAUUUCGUUAAACUAUCAGGUCAUCAGAAAGUAUUCAAUCAUCUUCAUUGCAAUUGCUGCUAUCUGCGAAAUUUCUCUUCAAGCAGUCUAUUUGAUUUCAUUUGAUUCUGAUCCAUUUUCGUGGUAUUCGCUUUAUUGGUUUGUCGUAACAAUUCCAACGUUCAGCAACAGUGUCGCCAAAACAUGGUUCCUUGUUCUAAUCUUGUUGGUUCAACAGCGAUUGCGGGCAAUCAACGAUUACUUAAACGACACCAAGAGAGUUCUCUCCGAGCGGAAAAUGCGAAACAUUAACACCAUCGGAUCCAAUCACAGAAAGGAUAAUUUAUUCAUGGAAAACAUCGAAUAUUUGGAGAAGGAGUUCUUAUCAACGAGAAACGCUAAAAUUAAAAGUGACAACGCUUGGGCCGUCAACUCAGGCAUGACGAAUAAAGUUAACGAUUUCAACAUCUUCGGCCAAACGAAAUCGAAGUCAAUCAUCAAAGUCCGUCCUUUUGCACUGAACCGUGAAGAAGCAGAGGCAGGUGGGUAUAAAAGAUCGAUGCACAUGAAUGGGUGGAACGUUAAUGACCGCGACAUUCUAAUCGGAGAUAAGAUGGAUGAAAAAUUAAUUAAUUUAUGUCGAGCGCAUGAUGAAAUUUGCGAGAUUGCCAAGGAAGUCAAUCGAAUGUUCAGUCUUCAAAUGUUGUUGACGAUGGCUUACGGAUUUCUUCUAAUCACUGCUGAAUUUUAUUUUCUCUAUUGCGGCUUGUUAAAGCAGCCAGUCUCGACUUUGUUCGAGAGGACUUCAAACAUUCCAAUCACCAUCUCAGCCAUCGUCUACACCGCAUACAAAUGUGUCGUUGUGAUCUACUUCAGUUGGAAGACCAAAGUCGAUUCACAGAAAACUGGAAUUCAACUGCACAAGAUUGCGAAUGUCGUUGAUGAAAGUCACUGCUACAAUGUCUGCAAUCAUUUGUCGUUGAAGUUACUCAACCAUCAUUUGAACUUUACUGCUUGUGGCUUUUUCGAUUUGGAUAUGACGACAAUUUACGCAAUAAGUGGUGCGAUAACGAGCUACCUAAUCAUUCUGAUUCAGUUUAAUUUAGCAGCGAUUCGAGAAAGAUCUUCGUCUCCCAUUGCAAGUCUAGAUUCAAAUGCAUUGCAAUGGAACAAUGGAACAAAAGUGGAACUUUCAAUUCCAACAUUUUCACCACCAACACUUGAUACAAUCAACCCUUAG